AUGGGCUCCAAAACUGACACAGUAGAUAGAAUUAUCUGUACAAAGCGAAGUCCCCCACGCAGAAGUCCGGCGAGAUAUCGUCGUAGGUCACCGAGUCCUGAAGACAGGCGUCGCAGGAGAUCACUGGAUCGUCGAAGACGAUCAUCGGAGAGACGCGAUAGGCGCCGUUCGCCCGAUCGACGUGGGAGCCGUCGUUCGCCGGAUGGACGGGAUCGAUCGAGCAGGUAUGAUAGAUCUUCCUCACGCGACAGAUCAAGUAGACGGGAUCGCUCCAGAGAACGACGGGAUAAGGAUCGUCGAUCUAGAUCUAAGGAUCGUAGAUCGAGAUCCAAGGAUCAAAGAUCAUCGGUGGAUCGUUCGAGAGACGAGAAGCGGUCUCCUGAUCGUUCAAAGGGUACCAAGGAUAAGGCAAAGGACAGGAAAGUGGAUGAGAAAACUAAAAGACCGCCUGAUACAGGAUCGCGAAAAGAAUUGCGAAAUGGCCGGUCUAAAUCAAGUAGCUCGGAAAGUAGCGAGAGUAGUUCCUCUAGCAAUGAGGACGAGUCACUUAGGAAAUCGAUCGAACGCAACCCGCCACAAGAGAAGCGGGAAAAAGAACGCGAACACGCGGAUGAUGCCAAGAAGAAGGAGAAAGAAAAAACGGUGAAAGAAGAACCUGCUAAGCGUCCAGAAAAAGAAAUUAAGAAGAUAGAACCGGUCGCUGUGAAAAAGCCUGAGCCUAGUGUUUCUCCUAAAAAAAUUCAAGCUACAUCACUUCCUGUUACCAGACACAGAUUCUCGAAGAGUUUGUCGCGUACACCUUCGCCAUUUAAGAAGACCGAAGACAUCGUGGCAGUAGCUAAAAUUAAACAGACGAUUAAAGAAGACACUAAGGACGAAUCACCAACGACGAAGACUGGAGAAGUGAAUUUUACCACUGGAGAUGCUUUCCCUUUAAAGAAGGAUGAGAAGUCUUUGAAAUCGACAAAAGUAACGGAAGAUAAAAAAUCUACUCAAAAGCCGUUGGAACUUCCAUCCAAGAAACCUGUAGAAAUGGCUAAAAAAACAAAAAAAGAAAAGCGUGAUGGCUCUACAGACAGUGAGGAUAGUGAUGGUGAAGGUAAGAGAAAAGUGAAAAAGACAGAAAAAUCGAAGAAGUCGAAGAAAACUUCGACAGAUGAAGAUAAAUCUGAUAAGAGCAGAGCUGGAUCCAGUUCGGAUUCUGAAGAUGAUAGAAAGCAUUCAGAUAAAAAUAAGAAAGUUAGAGAUACUAGCCGAACCGAUUCAAUAGAUGAUCGUAAUAAGGAUAGAAAGGAUACUAGAAAACGCGAAAUUGCCGAAAAUGACUCGCGAAAGCGUUCAAGAAAGGAAAUGGAAGAAGAAUUAAAAAAAUCAAAAAGAUCACGAAGAGAUUCUUCUUCGGGUGAAGAAGAGCAAAAAUCUAAAAGAGGUAGAAACGAAGAUGACAGAUCAAGAUCUCGAAAAUCGAAGAAAGACUCUAGUUCCGAUGAAGAACCUAAAAAAAUGAAAAAGAGGAGAGAUACCUCAUCUGAUGAUGAAAAAUCUAGAUCACGAAAGUCCAGAAAAGAUUCGACAAGUGAAGAUGACUCUAAAUCAAAAUCGAAGAAAUCGAAACGAGAUUCCAGUUCAGAAGAUGACGAUCCUGGAGAUAAAGAUUUGAAGAAGAAAAGAAAAGUUGACGAUAGUUCGGACGAUGAAAAGGUGAAAAAGAAGCGUAAGAAAAAGACAAAAACUAGCACUAGUGAAUCGGAGGAAAGUGAAAUCGAAGAAAAGAAAAAAAAGAAAGAAAAGAAGCACAAGAAACACAAGAAACAUAAGAAGCACAGAAAGCACAAAAAGAAGAAAGUUGCGGAUUCAGAUGAAUCUGAUUGACUCCUAAUUUCUCCUAGACAUCAGAAUCGCCAUACCGAAUUUGCAGACGUAAUGUAAUUUAUUUAAUAAUUUACGUAAUUUGCUAGUAUAAAAAAUAUAGAAGUAUUAAAAAUUA